GAAAAAACGAGCGACGCGAAACGAUGUAACCUCCCUCUCCAAGGCGGGGGAAACAAACACUUGUGCACACAAAACCCCGGGAGCUCGGAGGAUGGAUGACGAUCGUCGCCGGAUCUUCUUCUAGCGCUCGUGAGUGAGUGGAAACAGUUCGAUGCAAUAACAGCGUUUGAGCGGAGUGAAGCGAAACAAAAAAGCCUUAGAACCACCCGGCCAAGGCACGGUUUGAGGAAAAACGUGGUGCCGAAGAAAGGAGCGUGGAAAUAAAUAAAGAGUGACAAUACAUUUCCAUAUCGAUUUUGUUACGGACACCGUGCAAAAGGGUUGCGCCAUCCUUGGGCAGAAAAAAGGGUUGCCGGUGCCGGAUGUCUAAGGGCGCUGGUGAAGCAAACGAUCGCCACAGUGUCGGUUAGUGCCGCUCGGGCAGUGUUUGCGAGAAGUUUCUUUUUUUUGGGAUUUUUGUAGAAAACAAGUUGUGCUACAGUUGAAGAUCGCUUGUUACUAAAAUUCGGAGCGAUCACAGUGUAAUGAACGAGGCCUUUCGUGUAUGUAAAUCACAAAACAACGUGUAAAUAAGGACCCAGUGUCCCCACCUGAUCACCAGCAUCGAAUGCAUAAUGAACAUAGCCGAUCUCAUCCCGAUCGAUCUGUCCAACGAUCGCGAAUUUGCUGCCACCGCCUGCAGCGCACCGUCGACAGCCGGCGGGAACGAUGUGAGCCACCACCAGCACCACCGACCUUCGGAUACGGUGCCGGUGGUCUCGUCCGCCGGAUACAUCCACGUUCCCACGCCCACCUUUGCCACGUAUGCGCCAGUGCCGGUCACGCUGCCGCCCCUCUUCACCUCACCACCGUACGAGCGACGGUAUCCGACGCGACGAACGACGAACCUGGCCACCAGCAGCACGACCCUCACCACGAACACCAGCACCACCACCGGCAGCAGCAGCGAGCAUCUGUACACGGUGCGACCGGUAACACCACCACCCAUCGGUGACCAUCUCCCCGGGACCAGCAUCCCGGUCAGUGUGCUAAAGCUGACGCCACCCCGCUCGUCACCGCCUGCCACGUUGCUGCAGGCAAACGAUGCGAACCGUUCGCCGACGCCCGUGUUCGCGAUGGAUUUUACGCGCAUCGGCCACUGCGGUGCCGGAGCGGAGGAAAGUGAUCGACUGGUGUCGAACGUGGUGCUAUCCUUUGCCAGCCAUCCGGGCCAGCCGUCGGCCACGGACGGUAUGCUGGGCUUUCCGGGUGGUUCCGGGUUGAGUUACACGGCGACGGCGACGACGAUGACGACGACGACAAGUGCGACCGUGCCUACGACGAAAACGAUCGCAUCGUCCAGCUCAUCCUCCUCGUCGGCGGCCGAUGCGCUGAGCCACUGUGACGUCAGCCUUUGGCGCAAGCGUGCGAUGGAGAUUGAGAAAGAUUACAAAAAGUCCGCCUGCGACCGGGAACGGACCAGGAUGCGGGACAUGAACCGUGCGUUCGAUAUGCUGCGCUCGAAGCUGCCCAACAAGAAGCCGUCCGGCAAGAAGUACUCCAAGAUUGAGUGCUUACGGGUAGCGAUACAGUACAUACGGCAUCUGCAGCGUGAGCUCGAGUAUCCGACCACACCGUCGCCCGAACCGCACGAGUACAUGUACGAGGUGGUCACGCCGUUCAACCACAUCCCGACGCCGGCCAGCGCCUAUGCCGGGCUGGACACCAACAACAACAACCUGUCGAUCGUAUCGGCCCAUUCGUUUGCGGUCGUUCCACCGCCGGUCCGGCCAGCCGUACCGCAGCCAAUGCUGCCCGCCCUGCCAACACCACAGCCGCAGCCGGUUGCGACGGCUGUGCCACACAACAACCUCCACCAUCAUCACCAUCACCAGUGGUACAUAGCGAACAGUGCCGAUGGGUACAGCUACUACUAUCUUCCCUAGCCGGUUGGGUUGAACUAUUGUUGUGUUGUGUACAUUUGAAAUACAAUUAUGAACAUAUUUUGCGCUAGAAA